GGUGUGCGAAACUCAUCAUCAUGUCUUUUCCACACAGUGUGUAAUUAUUGAUAUUCUUAACGUUAAGCUUAAACCAUUUUAACCAGGUUUUAAAUUUAGGUUGUUAGACAACAGUGAUUUUCAGAGAUAGAAGUCGCCAAAAUGUAUCAUCACAACAUAAGACACAAGCAGCUGAAUACAGGACGCUUCUCUCGUCCUGAAGUAGUCAGUGGUGGCGUUCUUCAUGUCGUGCAGAUUUCCACAUAUCUGCACAGUUCUGGACAUACAGGAUGCGUUAAGCUUCCUGUCUACAUUUGCUGUGAGGUCUGCAGCUCCAGAAGGAGGCCCUAAUAGAUCAGUCGCCACCGUCUUUAAAAGCCCUGCAGGAGCGGUCUGUCCUGUCCUGGGGGGGGAGUGUCUUAACGGUGGUACUUGCUACAAUAACAGCCAGGGAAAUGUCCUGUGCAGUUGCCCACCUGGAUAUCUGGGCACACUGUGCCAGACCAGAAACCCCUGCCAGAACAACCCGUGCCAGCAAGGAGGCUCCUGUCAGCCACACAGAGAGGGGGGUGGCUACAACUGCACCUGCCGGACAGGAUUCGAAGGGCACCGUUGUGAGCAGGACUCAGAUGAGUGUCUUGAGCAGAUCUGUAGAAAUGGAGCGACCUGCUUCAACACCUUUGGGGGCUUUGUGUGUGCCUGCCAGACUGGCUGGGGGGGCACGCUUUGCGAGGUGCUGGAGGACGUCUGCCUGUCCCGGCCCUGUCAAAAUGGGGGCUCCUGCGUGGCCAAACCUGAUGGGCCCUUCAUCUGCAGCUGCCCCACCGGCUUCACUGGCCUCACCUGCCAGAUCAACAUGGACGACUGCGCCAGCAACCGGUGCAGCCCCAACUCUGUGUGUGAGGACAGGAUCGGGGCCUACACCUGCAUCUGCAACGAGGGCUAUACUGGUAUAUUCUGUACUGAAACCCUGGACGUGUGUUUAUCAGCACCCUGUCAAAACAACGGAACAUGUGAGGACAAUUUAUUUGACUAUAAUUGCGUGUGCCCGACGGAGCCUCUGAAGUAUAGCGGUAGAAACUGUGAGGAGCUGUAUGACCCAUGCUCCCAGCAGCCCUGCGCCAGCUACAGGAACUGUACCAGCACUCUCGGAACUGAAGAGUACCAUUGUAACUGUCCAACAGGCUUCACGGGCACCAACUGCACUAUCAAUAUCAAUGAAUGUGAUAGCAACCCAUGCACAGAGAACAAGACUGAGUGUGUGGAUGGCAUUAAUAGCUACACCUGCCAGUGCCGGAAUGGCUACACCGGGGACGACUGCCAGUCUAAGAUAACCAAUUGUACCGUUGAGCCCUGUCUUAAUAAUGGGAGCUGCAGCGACCUUCCUGAGGGCUACCUGUGUGAGUGCACCCCUGGGUUCACGGGGGAGCACUGUGAAGCCAAUAUCGAUGAAUGUCAGCCCAACCCAUGCAGAAACGGAGCCAUCUGUAAGGACGGCAUGAAUGAGUACCACUGCUUCUGUGUGCCUGGGUUCCAGGGUUAUAACUGUGAGAUUGACAUCAAUGAGUGUGCCUCCCGGCCCUGCAAGAACAACGGGAGCUGUAUCAACAAGAAGGACCACUACGUGUGCGCGUGCCUCCUGGGGUUUACAGGAGUGAACUGCGAGGUGGAGAUAGACGAGUGUGAGUCCGGGCCUUGUCAGAACGGUGCUACCUGCAAUGACCAUGUGGGCCUCUACACCUGCAUCUGUCCUGUGGGCUUCGAAGGGCUGGACUGCCAGAUGGACAUUGACGAGUGCGCCAGCCAGCCCUGCCACAACGGAGCCACCUGCCUGGACCUGGUCAAUGGGUACAUGUGUAACUGCAGUGACACCGGCUUCGUAGGAGAGAACUGUGAGAUUGAUAUCCCUGAGUGCGACUCGAAUCCGUGCUUCAAUAACGCCAGCUGUGUGGAAGGAGUCAAGAACUACAGCUGCCUGUGCUGGAGCGGCUUUGAAGGGCACCACUGUGAGCUGGAUAUUGAUGAAUGUGAAGAGCAGCCCUGUCAGAAUGGUGCUCUGUGCUACGAGCGCUCCAAACAGAUCUAUUAUGGGGAGCUUGCGGAGUUCGAACAGGAGUUCAGCUACAGUACAGCAGCGGGAUACCUGUGUCGCUGCCAGCCAGGCUUUACAGGGAAGAACUGCUCUGUGAACAUCGAUGAGUGUGCCUCCAUACCUUGUCAGAACGGGGGGAGCUGUGAGGAUCUCAUCAGUGGAUACCAGUGUCUGUGUGAACCUGGCUUUACAGGAGUGGGCUGCGAGACCAACAUUGACGAAUGUGAAAGCAGCCCCUGUGCGAACGGGGGCCGGUGUGAAGACGGCAUCGAUGACUAUACCUGCCUCUGCCCUGCAGCAGGACAAGACGCCACCCCCUGGGGAGGCAAAAACUGUGACACCAAGCUGGUGGGCUGCCAGGAGAACGACUGUCAAAACGGAGCGACAUGCCACCCUACCUACCAGAGCGGCACUCACAGCUACUCCUGCCACUGCCCCCCUGGUUUCUAUGACGAACGCUGCAACACCUCAACCACAUUCUCCUUCACAUCCACAGGUUACAUUCUCAUAGAGGUUCCACUGAGAAACAGAACCAAGAGGGACGUGGGCGCCACCAGAGCCAGCAUCAGCCUCCGGUUCAGGACCACCUUACCUGAUAGGAUUAUAUUUUACAGGGGGGACAACUCGGACUACAUGUACCUGGAGAUCGUUGAGGGCCUCCUUCAUGCUAGGGCAGUGCUAGAGGGCUCUCACAUCUAUACAUCAUUGCCUGGAAAAGUAAAUGAUGGCCAGUGGCAGGAAAUCAGUGUGACUUUGAAAGGUGGUUUAGUGCUGACCCAUACAAACUGUAAGGGUGGCGACUGCACAAAGACCCAGGAUGGCUUGGAACUGGUCCGUAAUAUUCCAGAGUCCUUCAAGAUGAUCUCUGUUGGUGGGGUCAAGUUUGAGUUCUUACUCAACAACACUGAAAGCAGGAUGAAUUUCAUUGGCUGCAUAGAAGACCUACUGAUUGAUUCCCAACCCGUGCUUCCUCAGAGGAUUUCUGAGACCAUGGCGGAGGGAUUGCAGCUCGGCUGCAGCAAGCCGGAGUGGUGCGAACCCAACCCGUGCUCAGAUCAGGGCAGCUGUGUGGAUCUGUGGACCAGCUCCAGAUGCCAGUGCUUCCGUCCCUUUCAUGGUCCCAAUUGUUCUUACGAGUAUACACCAGCAACCUUCAGCCUGGAAGACAGCACUAGUUCUGCCUCCUUUAACAUCAGCAGCAGUCACGGCUCCAACUUCACAGUCUCCUUUUUCCUGCGCACGCUGAAGCAAGAGGGCUUGAUAUUUCAGCUGAGUAAUGACACAGGCCCGUACUUCACCCUCUAUCUGAAGAUGGGCAGGAUCAAUGUGCAGACCCUGUCGGGCCCCCCUGCAGUGGCACCCAUGUACUGUGCCACCGGAGAGAAGCAGCUGCUCAUCGUGCAGUCCAAUGAUGGUAACGUCACGGUCGGACGGUCUCACCUGGAUUAUAAACUGACCCGGCUGCCUUCCGUCUCAGUCGAGGCUGGGGAUGUAGCUCAUGUUGGAGGCCUCUCUGUGGAAGAGGAUGCAUCCGCCUGGGGAGGGUAUUUCAAGGGCUGUUUGCAGGACCUGCGGCUCGACAACUCGCUCCUGGAGUUCUUCCCUCUGGAGAACGGUAACUCCAGCGUGACCGAAGACAUUUACAGCUUCAGGGAGACUGUUAAUGUCAUUCAGGGUUGCCACAGCGAUGACACCUGCCGGUCUGGACCCUGUGAGAAUGGAGGCUCGUGUCAAGUGACCUGGAACGACUUUGUCUGCUCGUGUCUUGCAAACUUCACCGGCAGGACGUGUGAAAGGAGAGUGUGGUGCAGCAGCAGCCCCUGUCCGCACCUCAGCCAGUGUGUGGACGUGCCUGGGGGCUAUGAGUGCAGAGCAAAUGCAACAUUUCAGGAAAACAACACUAUUGAAUAUGCUGCUAACAAGUCUCUGAACUGGCCAGUAACAAACAUUUCCCUGGAUGUGAGGACCAGAGAUGGGAAUGCGGUUCUUCUGCGAGCCACCAACCGAGUGGAGCUUUUCUGCAUUGAACUCCACAACUCCACACUGCUGGUCAAGCUGAGGACAGAGAACAGCGUGGAGAUAGUUACCAUACAGAGCGACUUCCCCAUCACAGACGGCCUGUGGCACAAAAUCAUGGUUGGUAUGACGGAACCGAAGCAGGGCUCAUCGAGGUGGGUGAUCACUGUGGACGGGAAUCAGAACGGGACCAGCCUGGGCGUGGCUGGCAACCUCAACUUCCUCAACGAAUCCACUGUGAUGCUGGCUGAGAAUUACACAGGCUGCCUUGGGACUGUGAGAGUGGGUGGAGUGUAUCUCCCUUUCACCGAAGACCACACAGUACCACAGCGGGAGCAGUUUAUCAAACGCAGUGGGCAAGAGAUUCAAAUCGGGUGCAGAGGAAACCCGGUCUGCACUCCAAACCCCUGUUACCAUGAGGGAAAGUGUGAGGAUCUGUUUAACUUCUUUGAGUGCAGUUGUCCAUGGGGAUGGGGUGGGUUAUAUUGCCAGUCUAAUAUUGACGACUGCCAGUCAAGUAGCUGUCUCCAUGGCAAUUGUACUGACUUGCUGGCUGACUACAAGUGCGACUGUUACCCAGGUUACACUGGGAGGGACUGUGAAACAAACAUUGAUGACUGUGCUGAAAACCUGUGUCAGAAUGGAGGGACGUGCUCUGAUGGUAUCGACACUUUCAGCUGUGUCUGCCCUCCUCAGUUCGCAGGGCCUCUAUGCCAGUGGCCCUUCCCGCCAUUGCGGUGUGGGAAGGAGUUCUGGUGUCAGAACGAUGGAGACUGUGUAGAUGGGAUCUGGGGAGCUAACUGUACCUGCAGGACUGGUUUCACUGGAGAGAGCUGUGAAACUGACAUAAACGAGUGCGCCCCCAACCCCUGUCUGAACGGUGGCACGUGCCAGGACCUGGUAAACGGUUAUGAGUGUAGCUGUGGUGCCAGCUAUGCAGGACAGCGCUGCGAGGCUGAUAAACUGGAGCAGACAGACACAAUCCCCCUGGUGGCGAUAGCUGUGCCGGUGGUCUGCGGCUGCUUUCUGCUCCUGAUUAUCGGCCUGAUUUUCAUGGUUCUCACUGCAAGGAAGAGGCGGCAGUCUGAGGGGACCUACAGCCCCAGCCAGCAGGAAGUGGCAGGGGCCCGCUUGGAGAUGGGCAGCGUCCUCAAAGUGCCACCGGAAGAGCGCCUGAUCUGAACGGCGCCUCCCCCUUCCUGGCUGGUACUUUUUGCAGGUUUGCAGCAAAGUUGCCCGACUGACUGUGCGCAUUGAUUUGCACAGCACUUGGACAUUGUAAUUGCUGGAUUUUACUUACUACUGACUUCUGUCUUAAACACUGAAUUGAUUCUACACAAGCGGUACAGUGUACUGUAAUGAUGUAAUAAAAUGACUGGAGAGAGGUGGGAUAUGAGUUUUUUAAUUAGAUACUGGUAGGGGAUGUGUUAGAUGCCUUGAGCCUCCUGUUUUAUAUCAAGUCAAGCUCAGAAAAUCACUUCAUGAACUCAGCCCAGCGUUUCUAGAUAGCUGUGGCUGGUUAUCAGUCAAUCUUUAUAUGGCGUCUUUCAUAGUGGACCACCAUCACAAAGCGCUUCAUGUAGUUCAUGUAAAAGGCCUUACUCUGAGACUAAAUUACAAUAACCUUUUUUUUUUUUUUUUUUUAAGGCUACACAACUUAAAUUAUUAUUGUUCAGGAUGUUUGAAUUUCCUUUUUUGUGAAUUUUGUAAAUGCCUGUAUUGUGUGUGUGUGUUUUACCCCCAUGAUGUUAAACUCAAUUGUCCUGUGUAAAGAGCUACAAUCUCAUGGAUUUAAUUGCGUAUACCAAUAGUGGAAAGUACCACUAGUGUAAGUCUUGGUAAACAAAGUUCUUCAAAAAAAAAUGUUGGAAAUGUUUUUUUCCCUAAACUUCUUUAGUAUCACUGAGAAUGUUAUGAUGUUUUUGGGGUCCUAACAAAAGUAAGCACUGUGCCACUCUUCAAACGGUGCUGUUUGUAGUUCAAGCUCCUUAAUCUUGAACGCUAUCUUUGAACUCUGUGCCACUACUGAAUCUCAAAAACCUAUAAAUAUCCUCAUGUAUAAAACUGGAUGUGGUGUAUAUGUAUUAUUUGAUUGACAGUUUUUUAGUGAUGCAAAUGGUGUUCAAUUCCCCAAAGAAACAAUAACUUUGUCUACAGUUAACUUUGUCAUCAACUGGAUGGCCUGGAAAAAAUGUAAUCCACAUAAUUAAAUAUAUGUGUGAACCUUACCAUUCUCGUAUAACAAUAUCUAGCAAUAAUGAAAAUAAAAACAUCAUAAAUACAUCAGUAUACUACUAAUACUGAAAAAACAGCACUGUUGGAUGAUACAAAAUAAGCCAGUGUUACAGUAUGAUGGCAUAGUCUCGGUAUCCAUUAUAAACGGUUAAUAGACAGCGACAAAGUGGUUGGUACAGGUAUAAAAAUCUAGAACCAGAAAUGUGUUCUGAAAAACAAGGACUGUUUCAUUUCAAAUUCACAUCUGCUUGUAUAGAAUUUAAAAUGAAUCUCCAAAAAACACAGCCCCUUUGGAAUUCUGAUGCUAUUGAAAAAUGUACAGGCAAAGAGAUGACUGGUUUGAUAGUGUACAGUUCAUCUUUGACUGUUCCCUUAGUAUUCAUUAUGUUUAACUUUGAAUAUAUUGUUUUCACAUGAGGUUUGAAUAUGUAUUCUCUACCUAGUAUUGUUACUGUAUGUUGCCGCACUGUGUGUGUGAGGGCUAAUGCAGCAUGCCUGUAUUCUCACUAUACACACUUGUUUCUUCCGUUAAAAACCUCUAGUCCAUAUUACUUGGUUUCUAGUAUCUGUUCUGUAGAAGUAACAUGCUGCCUAAUACAGUAUUCAGCAUGUAGGCUAUUGAUUUUGGACUGCGUUGCAGGGGCAGGGUGUGAUUCUUGGGUUUUCAUGCACAGUAACCUUGCUGACUUCUGUAUCAUACACUAAUAUACCAUUCACAAAUAUAACACGCCAUGGCAGUUCAUUAGAAACGUACUUAAAAGGUCUGAAAGAAACAAUAUUAGUUUACGUCUAAUUGUCUUUGAGCUUGCUUGGUGCUGGAUAAUUUAUGAGAAAUAGAACUCACUUUUUGUGAAGAUUUGCCUAAUGUAAAAUUCCUAGUUAGUCAAUAGCCAUAGAAUAUGUAUUUAAUGGGCUCUACUUGAUUAGACACUUUGUUGCACUGAUUAAACAGAGAUUUUGGACAUGAUCAGAAAUGAGGAGCAGCCUUUUAUCUUUUGUCAGCUGUGCCGAUUCGCAAUUGCUUAAAAUGUAUAUAAUAGAAACUAUGUACAAAAGAGGACUUGGAAAAUGUGUUCUGAUGCAGACUACUGAAAGAAAUCCCAACAAGAACAACAUAGGGCCCCUUGUGGUCAGAAAGAGUCAGUGUUUUAAAGAGACCAACCUUUUUUCUUUUAUUUAACACUCUACAGUACAAGUCUGUCAGCAUGGAUUCUUUAAGGAGACAGAGAAAUCAUUCUGAAAAAUAAGUAAAAUUCAGCUUGAUUUUUUUUUUUAUUUAAAAGAGAGGUAUUUUCUAUCUUCUCCAUAUCAUUUACAUCAACACUAAUAUUUUAACAUCAGCUAUUGUAAUAGAAAACGCUUAUUCCCAAAUGAUGGCGAUAGUGUUGUUUGAAAUGUAAAAAUGAAGAUGUUAUCAUACUGCUUUAAGAAACAUGUUUUAAUAAAACCGCAAUAUUUCUUUAUUUGUAUUUUUACCAGCUUUAUAUCCCGAAAAUUGGCCAACUAAUUUAUACCAAGGAUAUCCAUGAAUGUGUGUGUGUAGAUUUCCCUAACCGAUAAAAGGCUGUGUGAUUAACACAGAUAACGGCUAACUUCAUUGACACCACACGUGGCUAUUUCAAAAUAAUCCCCUGAUUUAAAAGGGCUUUGCAGUGAUUUGUACAUACUGCUUUAGUGAAAUAUGUCAUCCAAAAAAACAAGACUCACAGUUAAACUGAGAGGUAAAACUAAAAUUAGUUAAGUAGAAACAAAAACAUGUACUUUUUCUAAUGUUUUUUGUUUGUUUUGUAUUUGAAUCCUUCAGUGCUUUGUGCUUUUGUAACUUGAUUUUCUACACCUCUUUUUGAUUUGUUUUGUAUUUCAAUGACAGGAGCACAGUAUGUAGAUUAUUUGUAUUAAAUGAAAUGUAUUGUUCUGAUUAAACUGGUUCUAAAAGACUGCAUGUAUAGUUAAGAAGCAUACACACGACAUACAAUCAACACUUUUUAUUUUUUUGUCC